CGAGACACUCGAGAAACCAAACAUCGUCGUAAUGUCGGGAAAAUACUUGUAUCUAUUGUUUAUUUAUCUGCAUUCCUGAACAAAACACUGCAUCAUGACAAAAAGUAUCUCUCAGUUUUAGCCGGUUAUCGAUUAGAUUCAGCCGUCGCGCCCGAGAAUAAUAGUGAAACUUGACGUAUCUCCAUCCAAAGUAUUUGUUAAAAUGUGAUUUUUGCUCGCUUUUGGCUUAGUGCCACGGGAUUAAUGGGUGUUUUAACAGAAAUAGGCGCGAUGAGGUGCGUGGUGGUAGUGCUCGCGGUGUGGUGGGGCUGUGCGGCGGGCUGCCCGUCGCUGUGCUCGUGCCGCGGGGCGGCGCGGGCCGACGGCGAGGCGCCGCCGACGCCCGGGGAGCCGCUCCGGCUGCGCUGCGGCGGCCCGCCAGCGCUCAUCUCCGAGCUCAAGGAGAUCGACUUCACAGACGUCACUGGCUCCGUUGUCAGCUUGAACAUGUCAGGCAAUGCCAUCAGCACUCUGUCGCGAGACCUGCACCUGCCUAAUCUACAGAAACUAGACCUGAGCCGCAACCAGAUCAGCCUGAUCGAGUCGGACGCGUUCUACAACAUCACGGGCGUGACGCGGCUGGACCUGUCGCACAACCAGAUCGGCGCCGUCAGCCGCGAGAUGUUCAAGGGGCUCGUGAACCUCGAGCGGCUCUACCUCGACCACAACCUGCUCACCACCCUCGCGCCGCACACCUUCCACCAUCUCGUCGCCUUGAAGCAGCUAGACAUAACGGAGAACCGGCUGGUGUGCGACUGCGCGCUGGUGUGGGUGGGCUCGUGGGUGCGCGGCGGCGGCGUGCGCCUGCAGGGCAGCCCCCGGUGCGCGGCGCCGGAGCCGCUCGCCGGCCGGCCGCUGCGCAAGCUGCGCGUCCUCCUGGACCUGGCGGCCUGCGGCGCGCCGCCGCCCCCCGCGCUGCUCACGAGGCCGGACCGGGACCAGCUCGUGUUCGAGGGCGACGCGCUCGCGUUGACCUGCAGCGCGCCCUUCGCUUCCGCCCUCCACGAGUACGAGCUGCGGUGGCAUCAUCCGUCGCUGGAGGCCUGCGACGUCAACGUGACCGGCACGGCCGUCGCGGAGGAGGGCGCCGCGGAGACGACCGCCUACCUCCCGAACGUGACGAGCCACCACGCCGGGGACUGGACGUGCGUGUACGUCGACGAGGGGCGAGGACGCCACAACGGGACCGUCAGAGUGACCGUGUUGUCGAACGCCACGCGGUAUUGCGCCACCGACGUAAGCGUGGACAACAAGGGGCUGUAUUCGUGGCCGCAGGUGUUACUGAACCACACGGCCGAGGUGCCGUGCCGCGCCGGCGCGGGGGUGGCGACUCGCGUCUGCGGGGCCGAGGGCGCGUGGUCGCCCGCCGACACGUCUCGGUGCGCGUACAUCAGCAACGUGACCAAGCUGCUGCAACAGUUUGCGUCGCUGGACCUGGGUCUGGUGCAGUAUUCGGCCGUGAACGCGACGGAGCGGCUGGCGGCGCUGAUCCGGGAGAACACGUACCCGCUGGCGCUGGUGGACGACCCGGACGACGUGAUGUUCGUGGCGCGCGCCCUCGACAACUACAUGCACUACGUCGACGACGAGCCGGACCUGGGUUCCGCGCUCCUGGAUGUGAUCAGCGCCGCGAUGAACGUGACGCCGGCGGUGAUGGCCGCCGCCGAGGCCCAGCACGGCGCGUGCACGGCGCUCGUGCGCGCCGCCGAGCGCCUGGCGCCGAGACACGACAACAAGCAGAAGAGCAACCUGGCGGUGGAGAGCUUCCCCGUGCGCGCGGGGUUCGGCGGCGCGACGUGCGCGUGGUACAGCGCGGCCGCCGGGGCCACGCCGCGCCUGCACUGCACCACCACCAACCGGACCGUCGCGAGGAUGCUCACCUUCCACGACGCGCUCAUCCACGCCAGCGUGCAGAUCCCGGCGUCGCUGCAGUUCGCGCUGGCGCGCGGCUCGGCGGCGUCGCUGGUGGUGUCCGUGUUCCUGGACGCGGCGCUGUUCCCGCUGCUGCCCGGGGACGAGCCCAGCGACGAACACCGGGCCAAGGACUACUACGGCCGCAGCACCAAGCGCCGGGACAUGAACAUGGAGAUCACCUCGCCCGUCGUGUCCGUGCAACUCAGGAACGGCAGCCUGUCGAGCGCGCCGAUCGAGCCGGUGAUCUUCACGCUGCGCGCGGCGGGCUGCGGGGCGGCCGCCAGGUGCGCCGUGUGGGACCCCGCCACCAAGAGGUGGCAACACAACUCCACCGAGUGCGCGGUGCUGCACGUGUCGGGCUGCACUUGGGUGGUGUCGCUGCCGGCGCCGGGCGUGGUGGCGCUGCUGGCGCGCGCCGAGCGCGGCUACUGGGGCGCGCGCACGCACGGCGCGCGCUUCAAGGUGUCGCACCCCGCCGUGUACGUGGGCUCGCUCGUGCUGGCCGGCUGUCUGGCCGCCGCCGCCACCACCUACCUGGCCGCCUUCCCCGCGCUGCUCAUGCCGCGCCGCGCCAAGCACGCGCUGCUCAACACGUGGCUCGCGCAGGGCGCGCUCUGCCUGUUCUACACGCUCGGCAUCUACCAGACCGAGGACGCGCGCCUGUGCCGCGCGCUCGGCCUGCUCAUCCACUACCUGUCGCUGUGCUGCCUGCUCUGGAUGUGCGUGUCGGCGCACGUCAUGUACGAGGCGGUCACGCGCCGCGACCGCCCGCCGCCGGACGACCCGCCGGACGCGCCGGUGCGGAAGCCCGUCCUCGGGCUGUACCUGUCCGGCUGGGGCAUCGCGCUGAUCGUGUGCGGGAUCUCCGGCGCGGUCGACCUGAAGGACUACGCGGGCUACGCGCAGUGUUUCCUGAGCACGGCGGCCGCGCUGACCGCGCUGCUCGUCCCGGGGGGCGUGCUGCUCCUGUUCCUGAGCGCGCUGUUCCUGCUGAUCCGGUGCACCGUCCGGGACGUGAACGUGCAGCUGUCCGAGGGCACGCAGGCGACGGAGCACGUGGACCUGGAGUCGUGGGGGCCGCAGCCGGAGGCGGAGCGGAGGAGCGUGAAGUCCGGGGCGGACUCCGAGACGGACGACGCGGAGCACACGCCUAUAGUACAGUUGCGCGCCCAGGCCAUAGUUCUCGGCCUGCACCUGGCCGCGUGGGGCAGCGGGGCCGUCGCCGUGUACCGACCUCUGCCCGCCUACCUUCCGUAUCAGGAGGACAUUUGCAGCAUACUGUACGCCGUCUGUGCGACGGUGUUGGGCACGUUCACGUUGUUCUUCUACGGCAUAGCCCGGAGCGACGUGCGCGCGCAGUGGGCCGUGAUGCACUGCUACCUGCGGAAGAGCAAGCGGUGCUGUAGAAACCGGAGCGUGUUCGACUCGAACCGGCAGAACUUGCCGCCGAGCGCGCCGCCCGCCCCUCUGACGAUCCCCGGCGACGACCGGUCGAGAUCCGGCAGCAGGAGUUCCCACAGGACCGAUUCCAAGACUAAUAACAGCGCUAUUUACAAAGCGGGCGCCGAGCUCAACGGCCAGACUCUGCACAGAGACGUGCCGAAGAACACGAACGGAAAAUCUCCGAACAUUAAUUUGGUCGUGCUGCAUCGGCAGCAGUACCGCUCCGACAACUCCACGCUGACGCGCCCCGACCCGGCCGGCGUCGGCCCCGAGGCCUUCUACAACCCCAACCAGAUGAACGUCGCCAAGAAGUUCUUCAAGAAGCAGCGGCAGAACACGAAGCGAAACUGCCUCGAGUUCCCGAUGAGACGAGACUUCGACGACGACUCGCACGUUUCCCUGCCGCUGCCCGCGAGGGAGGCCUACGGCGUCGCCGACAUUAUCAACUCGGGCUCCAAAGUCAACAACACCAACAUACACGUCGAGCGGCCCGACGGGACGAGGGAGCCGCGCCGCGCCAACAACCCGAACCUGCUCGACGAGCACGCCGACUACAAGAGCCACUCGACCGACCGCGAGUCGCGGGCCGACCCCGACAGGGUCGUGAACAUCUACACCAACGUGCCCGAGACGCGCGUGCCCACCCACCACGCGGUCAGCAGGGGGGCCCCGGCCACGCGCACGGUCUCGCAACAGUGCAGCCUCGAGUGCAGCUCGGCGAGCGAGCCGGCGCCGCACUCCGCCUCCGACACGCUCGACACCACGCCCACCGAGCCCGAGCCCGGCGCCGCCGCCGAGACCACCGACACCGACUCCUUCGGCCUCUACGUCGACUGCCGCCGCGCCGGCCCCGAGCCCGGCGACAGCUCCCUGCGGGACAUCUCCGAGGAGCGCACCGCGAACGGCGAGUCGGACGACCUCCUCCCGAACCCCGAGCCCCCGAAGGAGUUCGAGACGUACGACUUCGAGACGUGCAGCGCGAACGCGAGCUCGCACGGCGAGAACGAGAGCGACAUCUACUGCCCCAACUACCAGGCGUCGGAGGUGAGCAUCCGCAGCCACGGGCUGUACGCGCCCUCGCCCUCGUCCAUGUGCCCCGGCGCCGGCGACGUCAGCUUCAGCGCCGAGGACGUCUCCCGCGCCGAGAGCCGGUACGUCAACCUGGACCCCGGCUGGCGGGGCGGGGCGGGCCCCGGCGCGGGGGCGGGCCGGGAGAGCCCCGCGUCGUUCGCGAGCGACCUGGACGAGCUGUACACGCAGAUCACGGCGAGGCGAGAGGGCGCGGCGCCGGACGCGCUGGACGUGACGGCGCGCAGCGACGUGACGCUGCGCCCGGACAGCGACGGGGUGAGCGACGCCGACUCAGACGCGCGCGGCGGCACGCUCAAGGGCACGCUGGUGUGA